AUGCUAUUUGGAAAGGACACACCAGUAGUGGAUGUUGUCUAUAAUGGUGAUGUCAUUCAAAGAGUCACCUCACACAAAUUUUUAGGUAUUAUCAUUGACCAGAAAUUGUCAUUUGAAGAACAUAUUAAAUAUGUAUCUAGAAAUGCAUUAAAUGGUGUUAACAUUUUAAGAUGUCUAGCAGGUGUUACAUGGGGUGCAGAUCCCAAAAUACUUUCAUUAUUAUAUAAAUCUAUUAACAGAGCUUUGAGGAUCAUAUCAGGAGCAAUGUGUUCGACUCCCAUAAGGGCCAUGGAAGUCGAAACAAAUAUUAUGCCAUUGAUAUUGAGACGACUUAUGCUUGCAGAAAGAUACUGCCUGAAACUAUUAUCAUCAAAUAAUAUCCAAAUUAUAAAUAGGAUAAUACCUCACCCAAUCAAUAUAGAUGGUCCACUCACUUCACCAAAUGAUCUCCUGAGAGGUACAUCUCCAACUCUGUGCCAGAUCUUCUUAGAAAUACAAUCUCAUUAUUCGAACAUCAAAAAACUUUCACACUGGUCGUGUUACACUCAUUCAUACAGUUGUAUCACUCAUCCUAUUACGAUUUUAUCAAAUUCAAUCGAAAAUAAUUCAGAUUUACUGGCUUUUAUAGAAGAAAAUAACAAGUAUUAUACAAUCUACACUGAUGGCAGUAAAGGCAAUGAUUUUGUGAGAAGUGCGGUAUAUGAUUCCCAAAAAGAUGUUGCUCAAAGCUUUGCUCUCGAUAAAAAGUGCUCCAUAUUUACAGCAGAGGCAUAUGCAGUUUUUGCCGCUUUAAAAUCUAUAAUUUCUAUAAAUAAUUGUAUAUAUUUUCUAAUUUUGACAGACUCUUUGAGUCUUUUAAAUAGCCUUAAGCAUUCUAAUAUUAAUAAUUUUAAAACUAAUUAUAUUAUUUAUUUAAUUAAAGAUACUGUCUUGCGGUUGCAUAAAAAAGAUAUAACUGUUGCCUUUAUGUGGGUACCCUCACAUAAAGGUAUUACUGGUAACGAAAAAGCAGACAAAGCUGCAUAUGAAGGGAUUAACACUCUUAAUGUCAGAAAUGUGGUACAGGUUCCUAUGACUGAUUAUUAUUAUUAUAUCAAUAACUCGAUAAAAAAUUUAUGGACAACAUUAUGGGAAGAAGAUCAAAAAUUGAAAGGAAAAUGGUAUGGUAGUAUACAGGAAAAUUUACAAAUAAGACCCUGGUAUGAUGAGUUGAAUACUAGCUGUAUCGUGAGUCGUGAGUUCGUUACCACAAUCAACAGAUUGCGCUUUGGGCAUAACACUGCACCCGCGCACCUCGCUAAACUUAAUAUUAUAACUAACAAUAUUUGCUCUUUCUGUAAUAAUAACGAGAUCGCAGAUAUCAACCAUAUCUUUUUUAAAUGCCAAAACCAAAUAUUCAUUUUUAAUAGACUAAUAUUGGCAAGUGAAAUAAUGGAAAUUAGUGAUCCCUCCCGCCGCCAGUUGUGUGAUUUGCUCAAAAACACAAAGUGUUAUAGUGCAUUAUAUAAAUACAUCAAAAAUACCGUGGGGAAGAUUUAA